AUUAUAUUAAACAAACAAAUGGUAGAUCUCUGGUUUAUGCAAUAGGCAACUCUAUUGGGAAAGUGGACCCUGUAGUGUGCAGAAUAGUGGCAAAAUAUUUAAUCUGCAAGUUUAGUAAUAAUAAUCCGGUUCAUAUGUAAACUUCAAUUUCUUCUAUUGUUGGUUGAAUAUUGCGCGUACGGUGAGCCAAAAUUAACCGGCGCGAUACUAAACCCAACCCAAAUCUAUAAAAGGAGUGCACGGCGCAUCGUGUUCAGAAAAGCGGACGCCAAAUCAGAUUAGCCUAAAGUAAUAAGCACAAAGUGAAUACUAUGUGUAACAAGUUUUUCUUCCAAGUUUAUUUGUCAAGCAGCAUUAAUUGUUAUAAAAACCAAAGGGCAGGUGUUUCUGCGUUUCCACUGUCAAGUAUUCGACAAGGAUCCUUGUAUCUGUAAAAAAUCUGAACCAGCUUCGAUUUGGGAAUAGUUACAAUUGAUACGUGGUAUUACUGACUAGUGAUCAAAGAUAACAACAAGUGGCCAUGCGCGUCGAAAUGCGGCAAACUCGGCUUUAAACAAUUUAAAUUUAAGUUAAAUUCGAAUUAUAAAAGCAUACCUACUACAUACAUAUAUAAUCUCCCACAUACAAACAAACACACACCAAUAUAUGAAAAGUGAAGGCCGUGAGUGUGUGUGCCGGCGUGAGUGUGUGUUUUAUGGUGCAAAAAUACAAAAAGUGUAGUUACAUCUGUGCUGCGCGCAGACGUGUUUCACACAGCGCUUGUGAAACGUAUUCCCUGAAAUAUUUAAUUUUGCAAUAAUAAAUUAUCAAACACAUUAGCAGCGGCGAAGCGAAGCAACACGAUGGCACGCCACAUAAUGGCCGUUUGCGUUGUGUGCCUACUGUGCGCCGAUCGUAUACCCUGCCAAGAGCAUGUCAUAAAAGAUUAUGUGGCGAAUGCUGCCGCAUAUCCGCCGCCACAUUUCGAAUAUCAACAGUUAAAUGCGCGCGUGCACGAGCGACGUGACGCUUUACGCUUCGGCGUGGACCCGUUGACUGCCAACACACACAAACGUACAGUUAACGAUGUUGCUGAUGAUGCUGAUGAACUUGACAUUGAAACAAGAACAACAACGAGCCACAUAUAUAGUAAUAAACCACAUCGAAGAAAACGCCAUGCUGGACAUGCGCACGGUGAGGAGUCGACGACGACCACCAGCGCCUUGCAUCAGCCAGAGAUCACAGCGGAAUUCCUGCAGCGUAUAUUUGUCGAGUAUGGACAUAAGGCUGAUGGCACAUUGACGGUGGACGAGUUUCAGCACAUACUGAAAAAGCUCGGCUUGAAUCAGCUGAUAGAAGGCGAAAGUGGUGCAAAACAACAACAAAAGCAGCAGCAAGAGCGUUUGCAGCAUCCUGCGGCGGAAGCGUCCAGUAAUGGCACUUGUGUUAGCGAUGCCGCACUAGUCUACCAUGUCCAGCCACAUAAACUAAUUGAACACACACACCCGCAUAUCGAACGCGCCGUACAUUGCAAUGAAUCCGAUGCAACGGAUUGUGCACAAGCGCACCAGCAUCAACCAAAGUUUAAAGUGUUACAUGAACACACGGCAAAUUAUACGAUUAGCAAAGAGGAUAUGCUGCAUUUGUGUCCGGUAUUGUUGUACCAAAUGGCUUCACCACUGGCUGGUGAUCGUGCCGGUUGUAUAGAUCCCUCGAUACUGGAGCAUGUUGAGGCAAACGAAGCGGGUGAAUAUGCCGCAAAGGAGGAUAUGGUUUAUGUCUGGGUAUACGCAUUUAUUUCCGUGUUCGCAUGUGGCAUUUUGGGACUUGUCGGCGUAGCAAUCAUACCCUUUAUGGAUUCGCGAUAUUACAAGUACAUUAUACAAUAUUUGGUGGCACUGGCUGUUGGCACCAUGACUGGUGAUGCUUUGUUGCAUUUACUGCCACAUUCUUUAGCUGGACAGAGCGAGCAAAAUAUGAUACUUAAAGGUCUCGGCUGCAUGAGCGGCAUUGUUUUCUUCUAUAUGACCGAGCAUGGCCUGACAAUGAUCUCGGAGUGGCGCAAACGUAUAGCCAAAAGCGAUACGACACAGCAAUCGCGCGCCAAAGUCGUACGUGAUCCCGACUCUUCGGUUAACAACUCGGUUGCUGGCGAUAAGCUUUGCAAAUCCAAGUACAGUUCAUAUCCUUAUUGCUACGAUGAGAUCGCUAUGGAUACAAAGAACGAUAUGCAUUUGCCAGGCUCAAAGCUGAAUAAUAUAUCUGAUUUGUCGGGCGAACUGAUGGGCGUUAGUAAUAAUGUGGAGCGUAAGCGUAAUGGCAAAGCAGAUGCCGAAGACAACGAUGCGGUUGCCCAAUCCUUAAUACCUGUAUGGCAUCACAAUCAUCAAGAUCAUCAGCAUGCACAGCCACAGCACCAACACAUACACUUGCCCGACAGCAAUACGAUUUCAACCGAUUUAGAUGGCAAUUCGAUGGGUGGUGGUGGUGGUGGUGGUGCUGGUGAUGGGCACAGUCACGCUUUGGUCUACAAUCCGACGGUGGCCACCAAUGGCAACGCUAAAGAACAUUCGUUAGUCAGCAAUUCCGUUCCAACUGUGAUAUUACGUGAGCACGAGUCAUCGCAUCACGGGCAUAGUCAUAAGCACGGACACGUACACUCGCCACCGGAAUCGUUAAGUGCUGUUGUCUGGAUGAUUAUCAUGGGUGAUGGCUUGCAUAACUUCACCGACGGCAUGGCAAUAGGCGCUGCUUUCGCUGAAAACAUUGCCGGCGGCUUCUCCACAUCGCUAGCGGUAUUUUGCCACGAACUGCCACACGAACUGGGCGAUUUCGCAAUACUCAUCAAAGCGGGCAUGUCCAUCAAAACAGCAGUGUAUUACAAUUUAUUGACGAGCGUGCUCAGCUUUUUAGGCAUGAUAAUCGGUAUUAUUUUUGGACAAUCACCAAAUGUAGCGCAAUGGAUGUUCGCUGUAGCCGCCGGGCUCUUCAUCUACAUAGCGCUUGUCGAUAUGAUGCCGGAAUUGUCGUCGGCACACAAGACAGUGGAGCAAUUCUUAUUGCAAAUACUUGGCAUGUGCACUGGUGUUGCCAUAAUGCUGCUAAUUGCAUUAUACGAGGGUGAUCUCCUAAGCGUAUUCUCUUCGACAUCAACGACAGCCACACACCAACAUUAG